AGUUUUUCUGAUCCGCCGGAGUUGCAAGGACUUGCGCAUUUUUGCGAACAUAUGAUCCUUCUUGGAAGCGACAAGUAUCCUGAAGAGAAUGCCUACUCAAAGUUUAUAAACGAACACGGAGGAUUUUGCAAUGCUUACACAUCAGCUGAAGAGACUUCCUUCGUGUUUGAUCUGGCGCCAGAGCACCUAGGCGCAGCCUUGGAUAUUUUCGCUACCCUAUUUGUUUCACCCAGGUUUACUGAAGGGUCAAUUGAAAGAGAGGUGAAUGCAGUGGAAGCGGAGCACGAAAAAAAUUUGAGUAGUGACUUACGACGUCUGAUUCAGUUGGACAAAAAAAUGUCUUCGCCAGAUCACGACUAUUGCAAAUUUAGCACGGGUAACCGCGUAACUCUCCUCGAAGAACCCAAGUCUAAAAACAUCAUUGUAAGGAAUGAGUUGCUCAAAUUCCACUCCAGUUAUUACUCGGCCAAUCUUAUGAGUGUAACCCUCCUGGGAAAAGGUUAG